GGUCCUUGGUUUUACCAGUUUCAUAUAGAUCCUUGUAGUUGGGCCGUAGCUGAGGAGUUCACAAAUUAUAUGCAGGUUCGAGAACUACAAGGAAACAACAUUUUAUUACAUGAAACAAUGAGAAGCCAUGACCUGUGUAAUACCGUUACAUCAAUAGUUAUUGUCAGAGGGCCUGGUGUUUUUAUGGGCAAAGAUCUUGUUGGUAAUAACUGGAGUGGUAAGAUAAUCUUGGUUGCAACGGACUAUACAAGCUUUGCUAUAAAUUGGGGAUGCACAAAGUGGUCAGUAUUUAAUGAUGGACUAUGUGAAGAUCCUUCUGUAUAUGUAAAGACUAGAGAACUAAACCCAAUUCCGAAAGUACUGAGACGCAUAGAAACGGUUCUGCAAAAUACGUGGGGAAUCUCUGUUAACCAACUGAGGAGGAUAUCUAAUGAUAAACCUUGCUCAACUGGAGGCUCCUCUUGGAUAAAAAAGAACGGGAACGUUGGCUAAGAAUGUCAGUAUUUGAAGCGUAAAAACAGCUACAAAUAAAAGAGCAGUGGUUGAACAUAAAAGACACAAGAUACAAAUAUUAAAGAAUUAACGACUGCUUCAUUAUUUUAUUCAAGUAACCCGGUACCAGGCAUUUUAUAUUAACAGGCUGAGUAGCAUCUUGCAUACAACGCAACCAUUGUUCAUAAUUAUAUUGUUACAAAUGCCUCAUCGACAUUACUCGGUAUCAUCUCCAGUCGAACCACUUUCGAAGCAAGGCAUGCAUUUUCAAAUUUAAUAUACGCAUCACAAUUAUCUGUACAUGUUUUCUUAUAUUGAGUUUAGAUUAAUACACAAUGUAAAUAUUCAUAGUUCCACUGCUUACUCAAUUUGGUUUUGGCAUAUACUUUCUAAAACGAUGAUAUACAUAGAAUUUACCCUGACUACGCCGCCUAUUACAAUUUUCGAACAGCAUUGACUCCUUUCAGUACCUUGAACAAUAUCUCUCCUUCUAGGCAUAUAAUAAGUUAUAGACAAUACUGAUCAAUGAACACGUGAAUACAUGAUCAUUUUCCUCACUCCAUUUGCAAAUUUUAUAUACACGUGUCUAACAAUCAUUUUGAGGAAGAAUACCAGAUGCAUUCGAACUUUUUAAAAGUUUACCUAACGGCGUUGUGCUGUAGCAGCCGAACAUCUUAUUGCACUGUCAAAGUGAAGUAGUUAAUCAACAUUUAUUUGAACGCUACACAAUUUUACUACAUUAGAGACGAUUUGCGGUAAAUUAUUGAUUUUUGGCAUUAAGUGUAUAAAUGGUGGAUAGAUUUGUUUGUUGUUAAUUGUUAUUUAAAGCGUUUCCUCUUCUAAAGGUAACAAUAAUAUUGUUUGUAAUUAAGAAAUUAUUAUCGAGCACCAGAUAAUUAAGUUUUCAUAAGCAUAUGGUUUUAUUGGUAAGUUUGAUGUGUAAACUACUUUUUUAUAUGACCGACAGUUUGUGAUCAAAGGAGGUCUAGCAGUAAGUGUUGUUUUGUUUCAAACAAAUCCUUUAUUAGUGCAAACAAUAAAUUUUUCUGGUUUUUGUUGAAUAUUAAAGCAGUUAUAUGGAAAUAUAAAUUUAAAAGACAUAAUUAAACGACAUAAAAUUCCUCGAUACAUUACACAUUUUGACCUUACGUGUGUGUUGGACGACUUCCCCCAAUAUUAACACCACCCAACUACUGAGAUCACUUCUAAAAGAAACCGUCGGUGGUCUUAUUAGCGGGGUUCUACUGUACAUGUGUGGCUAGAUGUUCUGUUGACGGAACACAAAAUUUUAUCGCAAAAUAACUUUAAUUCGAGUAAGCUUGCUUUAAUAUAAAAGUGAUUGCAGUGCCAAGAAAUCAAUUUUUCAGAGGUCGAAUUAUUUCAGUUUUGAUUGCUGAAUUGCAUUUGUUCAUGCCAUGUGUUCGCCCAAAAUAGUGUCAGGAGAGGAAUCUUCGCGUGUCUUCUACCUCUAAAAUUGACCACGGAGAGAACUAACAGACAGAGCAUCACUGCCUGUCGUAUUCACUCAAUAGGUCACGUCUAGUAGUUCAACAAAGACAUAAGGCGAGCGGUUGUAUUA